AGCCACCUGUCUAUGUCAGUACCAGCAUGGCUGUAGUAAAGCCUCAACAGUUUGGAAAUACAUUUUAUAUCCUCAGGGAAUCCAGAGAAUAAAUCAUCCAAAGUGGUAGUUUUCGGAGUAGUAUUUUAMUAUUUGUGUACACAGAAUUAAGCAAAAUGCAGGAUACAAGCAGUGCAGUUUCUUGUGUCACUGCCUCUCUAAAAGAACUGCAGAAGGUUUUGUAUGGAGGUAAGAGAUUUGGGAACCAUGUGGAUGAAGUUUGGCCAAACCUCUACAUUGGGAACAUGUCAGUUGCCAACGACCGCUACAGUCUGUGGAAGCUGGGAAUUACUCAUGUUGUGAAUGCAGCUCAUGGGAGGAUGUACUGUCAGGGAAGUCAUGACUUUUAUGGCGCCACAGUGGAAUAUUAUGGAGUCCCCGCUGAUGACUCGCCGAGUUUUGACCUUUCUCGCUAUUUCUUGCCAACUGCUGAGUAUAUUCACAACUCACUCAACACGAAUGGGGCUCGGGUGUUAGUGCACUGUGCAGUCGGAGUGAGCAGGUCUGCCUCGCUGGUGUUGGCUUACCUCAUGAUCUACCAUGCUUACACCCUGCUGGAAGCCAUCAAUAAGGUCAAAGAGUGCAGGUGGAUUUUCCCAAACAGGGGUUUCCUAAAGCAGCUGCGUGCUUUGGAUCUGAAACUACACAAUACUCCUGCCAAUGGGACUUAAAACAUCAGUUUUCUUCAGGAUGAGUGAUGCUGCGUGUAUCUGCCAGCAGAGGUAGACACAAAGCUGGCCAGUGGCAGAAACAAACUGAGGUGC